ACGCGCAUCAAAUUAGCAUCGAUGAAGUUUGUGCGAACAUGGCGGAUUUCCUGCCGACCAGGUCCGUGUUAAAAGUUUGUCUACCCGUCUGCCUGCUAAAUAGCGGCGAGGUCGAACAGCUUCGAAAGUCCAAAGAGAUCGACAGAUGCAUCUCCAGGGAGAAAACGUACGUGAAAAAGCUGGUAAAGAUCCUGCUGCUGGGCGCUGGCGAGAGCGGCAAGUCGACUUUCCUCAAACAAAUGCGGAUCAUCCACGGCCAGGACUUCGACCAGCAAGCCCGAGAGGACUUCAGAGCCACAAUUUACAGCAAUGUUAUCAAAGGUGUUCGUGUGUUGGUGGAUGCCCGGGAGAAGCUGCACAUCCCAUGGGGUGACCCAGACAACCAGAAGCAUGGAGACAGCCUGAUGGCGUUCGACACACGGUCGGCUAAGAUGGCGAGCGGGCAGCUGGAGACGCCCGUCUUCCUGCGGUACCUGUCUGCAAUCAAAGCUCUGUGGGCCGACUCGGGUAUACAGAACGCCUAUGAUCGUCGCAGGGAGUUUCAGCUGGGUGAGUCAGUGAAGUAUUUCUUGGAUAAUCUGGAUAAGCUUGGAGAGCCGGACUACCUUCCCACUCAACAGGACAUCCUGCUGGCUCGUAAACCCACCAAGGGCAUCCAUGAGUAUGACUUUGAGAUCAAGAACGUUCCCUUCAAGAUGGUGGACGUGGGCGGGCAGCGGUCAGAGCGGAGGCGCUGGUUCGAGUGUUUCGAUUCCGUCACCUCCAUCCUCUUUCUCGUCUCCUCCUCUGAAUACGACCAGGUGCUGAUGGAGGACAGGCUGACCAAUCGGCUACGUGAAUCACUCAACAUCUUCGAGACCAUCGUCAACAACCGCGUCUUCGUCAACGUUUCGAUCAUCCUCUUCCUCAACAAGACGGACCUGCUGGAGGAGAAGGUGAAGAGCGUUCCGCUCAAAGACUACUUUCCAGAGUACACCGGGCAGGAGCACAACCUGCCCGAAGUCCAGGCGUUCAUGGUGGAGUGCUUCCGGGCCAAGAGACGCGACGCCACCCAGAAGCCCCUGUACAACCACUUCACCACGGCCAUCAACACGGAGAACAUCAGGCUGGUGUUCCGGGACGUCAAGGACACCAUCCUCCACGACAACCUCAAACAGCUCAUGCUCCAAUGACCCCUGUCAACCUGUGAAAGUAGAGGACCUGAAUGGGGACAAACCACCCCCUCGCACCAGACGAGGACUUGACGAGACCUUGAAGAAAAGACAUCAGCGUUCUUCUUCAGCCGUUUUUAUAUUAGUUUUUACUCUCCUCUUUGAAGAGAUGGCCUUCUUGUUAGUUCAGGGUUUGGUAGGGGAACGAGUCAGUAGGGCAGACUGUCUGGUAAUAAAGAAAGACGAGCAGGCAGUUCGGAUGUUUGAUAACAUCCGAUCUUUGCUGCUUCGUCUUGAGACUCUCCUCUGGCCCGAGCGCUGCCUUACAACAAGACUCACAGCAGCUUUUCAACUCAUAAGGUGCUGGUGCCUGGUGGUGGAAACCAACAGAACUUUUUACAAACCGGGCACACAGUCUCUACACCAGAUACAUAACUCUCCAAGCAACAAAUACAGGAAGAACUUUGUUUAAACAACUCGUAAGCAAAUUAGUUUGACGGUCAAAAUGCACGAAGAUCAGCCGUGCCAACAUUGAUUUGCCAGUCUGUGACCAAGCACUGAAUUCAUCCAAUCCAAAAUCACUCCAUUAUUCCUGUUGCACGCUCCAGUGCUGCUUUGUGAACGUGGUUUCAAAGCCCCUGUAGUUUUAAAGAAGGGUUUGCCAACUUGCCGAUGAUCUGGAGACUGCACAAUUGUCCUUUUUUCUGAUAUUGCAGCACCGUUCUUCCCUCUUUUUUCGUCCCAGUCAUCACUUUUUCUUGGACUUUUUCUUGGAAGAUCCGCAGGUUAAAGGGCCGGCACAGAGCCGUUUCUAGCCGGGACAAGGACCAGAUUAGUGAUGGCGAAGGGCUCAGAACGUUUCAAUAUUUAAUGGGGAAAAUGGCUCCAGCACUGGCACCUUGUCUGUGGAAAAAAAAUGCUAGAAAAGGCACAAGAGUAAGACUGAACCUACAAUGGCUUUCUAUAUAUUAUGUAGACCUAAUCACUGUUUUAAUUCCUGCGUUUGUGCCUGUGCCUCUAUAGAAUUAAAGCCAAUCUUAGCUGCCUUUCAACAGAUAAUUAGGCGUUUCCAUGCAAGUUGUCCUUUCGUUUUUGGUGGUUUUAGAGGACAAAAUUACGUUAAUUGGCACAUUAGGGCAGGUGUGCCAGCAAGUGAACAUGCAGUCCACUGUUUUCUCAGGGUUGAAUCAAAACCAGCGUCGAUGCUGAUGUCAUUGUUGGUGAAUAAAUUAAUCUCUAUCUGGGUGGCAGACUCAAGUCGGGUCUCAGUACAGUUAGCGGGGUGGUGUUUGGGACUGUAUCCGGGCUUUGACCCCUGAACUUUGACCCAGAAUCCCCCUUCUUUCUCUGCCUUUGUUUAAUCUCUGAUUAGUUGCCUUGUAAAGGGACAGACCUCCCCUGUUUGCCUGAAUAAUGAAUGUCUGUUAAUAGAUGUACAGAGAUUUACUCUAGAUUUAACUGAAAAUACUGUAACCAACAUUGUAAUAGCAACUUGUAAUUUCUUCAAAGUUCUCACCAUCAUGACCCGUUUAGAGUUCCCUUUUAAAAAAAAUAUUUUGAAUUUGUUGAGAAAAAUGUAGACAAAAAAAAGCUACUGGAGUUGAAUACUUUUGUCAGCGGCUGUAUUCUGUAGGGGGCCAAUCUUUGUUAGAGGACAACUUCCAGGCACUGUUAAAAUCUGUGUUUCUCUGCCAAAUCAGCCCGUGCUUUCUUGGGACUGUUCACAUCGACAGUCUAGUUUUUCUCCCAAAAUAAAGCUCCCGUGAGCUUCAGUUUGCUUCCAGUUCUGGCUUUGUACAUACUGUAAUCUGUUGCCAUGUAAAUAAUAUUCAGGUUUAUCUCCGUAUAUGUAAAUGGUUGUAGAAAUGGAGUUAUUUUUUCCAUUCCGAAUGUGUUUCAAAUCACUGCUUUUCCAAUGAAGAUUACUUUUUUUGAUUUAGAUGUAUGUUUGUGUAUUUUUUUCUUCUUGAAAUUCAUUCCUGUGCCAAGUCUCAUGCCACUCUAACCCUAUCAAUAAAAUACACUUUUCUAAUGAG